AUGUGUUAUCCGGGAACUGACCCCCAAUCUGAGGUCGUGCAAGCCAGUGCGAUAGCCAGUAGUCAAGAUGAAUCAGACAACUACGACAUCGCCGAGUUGGAGACGCUGCAGACAGCCAUAGACAAGACAGUAUGGGUUCCUAUUUACAGUAUACAGUCAUACUUGAAGGCAGGAAGCAGCAUUAUUGUACACCUGGAAAAUGCUUACUUCUACACGGCUGUCUGCCCUGUAGGAAGAGGGAGUUCGGACUUCCAAGGUAUGUAG